AUGGCAAGACCAAAGACCUUUAUCGACAUCUCCAUCGGUGAUUCCAGCAAGGGACGUAUCGUUUUCGAAUUGUACAAUGACAUCGUUCCAAAGACCGUCGAGAACUUCUAUCAAUUAUGUAAAGGUGACUACGCAAUGUGCAAAUCCAAUCCAGAAAUCCCAUUAUCUUACAAAGGCUCUCUUUUCCACAGAGUGAUAAAAGAUUUCAUGCUACAAUUUGGUGACUUCACUGCUGGUAAUGGUACAGGUGGUGAAAGUAUUUAUGGUGAAAAAUUCGAAGAUGAGAAUUUUGACGUUAAACAUGAGAGACCUUACCUCUUAUCCAUGGCCAAUGCGGGUCCAAACACUAAUGGCUCUCAAGUGUUUAUCACUUGUGUUCCAACUCCUCAUUUGGAUGGCAAGCAUGUCGUUUUCGGUGAAGUUAUUCAAGGUAAGAGACUUGUCAGAUUGAUUGAGAAACAGCAAACCGAUGAAGGCGAUAAACCAAUGAGAGACGUCAAGAUUGAAGAUUGUGGGAUCUUACCUGAAGAUUACGUUGUCCCAGAGGACGCUGAAUCAACUCCAACAGACGAAUUCGGUGACAAUUAUGAAGAAUUCUUAAAGGAUGAUUCCAAAGUUGACGUGAAAGACGUUAAUAGUGUCCUAAAGGCCAUUGAAACUGUUAAGGCAAUUGGUAGCGAGCAAUUUAAAAAACAAAACUUCGAAGUUGCAUUGGCCAAAUAUCAAAAAUGUGACAAAUUCCUAAAAGAAUAUUUCCCUGAUGAUUUACCUGAAGAUGACAUCAAGAAGGUUAAUUUAUUAAAGGUUACCAUACCAUUAAAUAUCUCUCUCGCGGCUUUAAAGGGAAAGGAUUAUAGAACCGUCAUGGUAGCCUCUUCCGAGGUCCUAUAUGCUGAAGCUGCUGAUGAUCUAGCCAAGGCAAAGGCUCUUUACCGUCGUGGUUUAGCCUACAGUGCAGUUAAUGAUACAGAUAUGGCAAUAAAUGAUUUGGAAAUGGCUGCCAAUUUCCAUCCAAAUGAUGCAGGUAUUCAAAAGGCCAUCAAGGAUACCAAGGCUAAAAGAAAGGCCGAAACUGACAAGCAAAAGAAAGCACUAUCAAAGAUGUUUGCUUAA